UCUAGUGCUCUUGUUCUUUGUGACUCAAGAAAUUAGCGUAUAAUUCUCCACGACUUGCCUAACAACAGACCGUCAAAUAGAACAUCCACAUGCCGAACUUCUCCCAACCAUGCAUCACGAUCGUCUGCGAUCAAGCAAGGAAACCAAUAUUUUGCACGAUUUAUUGUUGUUUUGGAAGAAACAUCAAUAAAUAUGAGCGCGUUCCACUUAGCCGCCGUUUGUUUUCGACGGAAGCUGGAAAACUGUGUGAUCGUCUGAUGAAAAGAUCCAAACACCAGAGUAGUUAUUCAGCUCGGUUGCCAUCCUAAGCGGUGCGGUGCUGGUGUGAAAGACAGCUUGCAUUUACCUGCGCGUUAGUUGUCCGUUUAGCUCCGUUUGGCCAACACAGCAUUGUGUCUCCCCCGCGCGACGGAAAUGUGCUCCGGUACUACAUUCAAAUUCCUGUGCUACUUUUAUGCAUGCUGUAACAUAUUCUGUGCAAUUAGCAUCGCGGUCGGUGCAGACAAAGUAAGUGAGAAAAUUACGCGUGAUAACUGUAGUAACGGCAUCGGCAGUGAAAUCGCCUCAGUGGGAAACAAUGCUGCGCAGGAAAUUUGCAACAAGAAAACGUAUGCUGUUUUGGUGUUCAUGCUGGCUCUAGGAUGCUUCAUGUCUCUAUUGAUGGCCGUUGGCGUGGCGAUGGAUAAAAGUGCUCUUAUUAAAGCAUUCAGGAUAUUUCUAUACUUCAAUAUGUUCUUCCUGUUUGGCUGUUGGUUGUCAAUAUUCUGUGCGUUCUAUGAAAGCCACAGUUCGAUGCUCAUGUUACUGUGGGGAUUUGUCCUGGUUCUAUGUAUAGUGUACUUUGGAAUGCAGAUAUGGAUCACAACAGGUGCUUAUGAAGCUGUUCAACGGAAAUCCUUUGAUGUUCCAGGUGACGUGAAAUCCGAUGCAGUAAAAAUUAUUUAUCAAUAGAAAAGAUAAGUACAUAAACAAAUCCAAUAAUAAAACUGCUUAUGAGUAUAUUUGAA